GGAGAGGAGAAGAGUUCACCAGAGAGAAAAGCGAGACUGAAAGGCAGAUAGAAGCACCGACGGUCUCAAUUUACUCUUCGUUAUUCGGUUCCUGCUCUCUCUUCCUGGUCGUUGGAGAAACUUACUGUCGAAUAGAACCGAAAAAUUCGACGUUUACUACAAAUUCCGGUCGAGCCAAUUUUAUCAGAGCUUUCUGAGCGUUAGCAUAUUCGGCUAACGGCGGCGAGUCUAUGCUAAGCUAAUGCUAACGGUAACUAGAGUCGCUCUGCACUAAAACUGUUCACAAACUGCAGAACGUUUAUAUUUCUUUAAAACUUCAGUGUUUGUGAAUUUUCAGCGACACUAAACUGUUUACUUUGUUUCGUAUUUGUGCAAAGACUCGAGUUGAGUUUCUGAAUCUCAGUGUAUUGAGUUCUAGUGGAAGAGCAAACCUGCAUUGUUAGACUUAUACAACUUUAUUAGUUAUAAAUCCAGCUUAUAAUUAAUUAUAUUUGUAUAAAAUGGCCGGAAUAAAUAGUGUAGAAGCUGUGAAGCGCAAGAUUAAAGUUCUCCAACAACAGGCGGAUGAAGCUGAGGAGAGAGCCGAAGUCCUCCAGAGACAAGUGGAGGAAGAGAAGCGAUCCAGAGAGCAGGCCGAGGCGGAGGUGGCCUCUCUGAACAGGCGCAUCCAGCUGGUCGAGGAGGAGCUGGAUCGAGCCCAGGAGAGACUGUCCACGGCGCUUCUCAAACUGGAGGAGGCCGAGAAGGCCGCGGACGAGAGCGAGAGGGGCAUGAAGGUGAUUGAGAACCGCGCCCUGAAGGAUGAGGAGAAAAUGGAGCUGCAGGAGGGCCAGCUGAAGGAGGCCAAGCAUAUUGCUGAGGAGGCUGACCGCAAGUACGAGGAGGUGGCUCGUAAGCUUGUCAUCAUCGAGGGGGAUUUGGAGCGCACAGAAGAGAGAGCACAAGUUGCCGAAGCAGCCAAGCGUCAGUUGGAGGAACAGCUGAGGAAUUACGACCAAACGCUGAAGAGUCUGCAGGCGGCCGAAGACAAGUACUCCCUGAAAGAGGACAAGUAUGAGGAUGAGAUCAAGAUCCUGACCGACAAGCUGAAGGAGGCUGAGACCCGUGCCGAGUUUGCUGAGAGAACCGUGACCAAGCUCGAGAAGGCCAUUGAUGAUUUGGAAGAGAGACUUGCCACUGCCAAGGAGGAGAACCUCAAGAUCCAUGCCACGCUGGAUGCCACCCUGCAAGAUCUCAACAACUUCUAAAGUUAGCACAGAACCCAACCCACAACCCCUGUCCCAUAUGCACCCCUUUUACCCACCUUUACUCCCCUCAGUUAUCGCUGGGUGGUUGACCAAGGGCAAGGUGCUUUUUGGUGUAGGUAGCACUUGGCUUCAUUCUCACCUCCCAGCCUGAAGCCCUCGGUAUUUGCAGGGUUUAUUUCUUCCCCUUCGUUUUUGUCUCGCAUCUAGCUUUCUGUAGGCUCUUUCUUUCUCUCUUUAGGCAGACACAUGCCGAACGUCUUAAACAUUCCUUUACUUGGAAAUAUUUCUAUUUUGAUUCAUUCCUGUGAUUGUGUAAUAACGCGACGGCUCUCGUGGCAGAAUGUUGUGCUCUUUCAGUCCAAACGUGCAUUUUUUUAAUACAACGUGAAGCAUUUUCCUAGAGCACGACAUGAUUAAUCUCUUAAUGCUGUUUGUUUUGGUAGAAUUGCUUCAUCGGUGUCAUUGCUGAGCUCUUUUUUCCGGCCCCGCUCGUUUUAACACUUACUAGGCACCAUUUGUUACCAGAUAUUUGUAUUUUACUUUGCCAAUUCCAUGUGGGACCAUUAUGUUGUACUUGUAUCAAUGAAUUAUGCUUCAGAAUGCUUUAUGCUCCCAAAUAUGCUUAAUUAUUGUAAUGGAAUUUACACCCUGCUAGUUUCCCCACCUGAUUAUCACAUAACGGUUUUCUUUAUCGCUCUAUUUCUCCCCAGCCCUAGAAUUUGAUUUGGCCUUUUUGUUCUUAGGUGAUAAAAAUUUACUUUGCAGCCUUUGUCCUUUUUAGGUGAGGCUUUUUCUUCCUACCCCUCCAAAGGUCAUGACAGGGUUAGAGGCAGAGGGAGGGAGGCGUCACAUUCCACUGCCAAAAAUCGAGGUGUAAGGGCCAAAAUAGAAAGCAACAGGAAUGAACAAAAGUUGAAGGUAUUAUCUGAGCAUCUCUUCAGUGUACUGUCUAUUAUUAUCUGGAAACGUAAACAUCAAGGCGCCAAGAACCUUUUUAACUGGAACUGAAAUUGCGAAGUUAAUGGUGUAAACAUUUUGCAUUUUGUCGACAGUGUUUCAUUGUAAUAAUGACAAGAUCAAAUUUCCUCUUUUUUAAAUAAAGUACCGUAACACUUAA